AUGGCAAUGCAAGCUAUAUACCAAAGCCCGCCAGCUGCGAGUGCAUUCCCGACACCUUCCACAACCCCGAAGCGACCUCCUUCCACGCAUGCACGAGGAGAUUUCUCACCCGGUCAUACAUCAUCGCCCGUCUCUCUCCCAAACCAUAUCUCAUCCCCCGAUGGACGCAGCGAUUUCGACGAUGUGGUAGACGAAGACGUCAUAUCCCCGCUGGAUCCGCGAAGGUUUACACCAACAUUGCACGCCUCUCUUGUCUCCGAGAUUCUUGCCUUACGGCGAGAUGUAGAGAGCAAGACGAAAGCUAUCGAUGUCUUGGAGAACACUUUGGAGGAGUCGCGAACAGAGAAUGAGGAACUAAGCGAACGUUUGACCAAGCACUCGAAAGAGUCGCGAUCACUAAAACAUCAAUUACAACUGUUGGAAGGUGGUAGCUCGUCAGCGCUCACAGAGCUAGCCAAAGAGAGAGAUAGCGCGCUAGAUGGCAUAUCGGAAGUUCGCAGGAAGCUCGAGCAGGCGCAAAAGAAGGCUAGGAACCGAGAGGAAGAAUUGGAAAGAAGUACAAAAUUAUGGACUCGUGAUAAGGAUGUCUGGGAUGGUGAACGUAGGAAUCUGGAGCGAAAGAUUCAUGUGGUUGAGGGCCGCCUUAAAGUUGUUUUAAAUGAGGUUGCCGCUGCCCAAGCUUCCGGCACCAGGGAGCCUACGUCAAACGACGGACAGGAUGUGAUGAAAGAAGCAUCUACUGGGAAGGACAGUGACUCGGUAAGCAGAUACUCGAGCAGUCCAGGACGACGCAGGACCAGCGUCACAAGCCUGAGCAGUGCCGGUAGCGACGGGGAUGAGUUCCACUAUGGCCGUUAUUCGGUUAUGAGCGCUGCCAAUAUGCUAGGAUCCCAGGCGAAUCUUGCAGACGAGCUUGCAUUCGAUGAGAACGAUGAGUUCGACCUUGAUGACGAAUCGAACCCUCAGUCUCCUGAGGCUCUUCCCGAGGAGCGUCCUGCUUCCGUUCAUUCUCAAAUGUCUCACACAAUGGGCAUGGAUGCCAAAGCAAGAAAGAUACUCGGUCUCUCACUCAACGAGAGUGUGGAUGGCUAUGCGGUGAAAACAGAGGGGCCUCCAGAGCUCAAGGAAUCGCCUACUGUUCAAACACCACCCGUUAAAUAUCAAGAUUCCGGUGUCCAGUACUCUCCGCCUCCAUCGCCUGCUCUCUCUCCAACGCGCAAUGAGCCGGUUGAAGAUAGUAUGGAAGAUGUGAAUGGCAUGAAGCUAUCAUUAUACCAGACAAAGGACAGCAGCACGUCAACCUUACCCAUUGAUAUGGUGUCAACUUCAUCCCAGACAGUCGACGAUCUUCCUACCCCGCCAUGGACACCGAGAGUCGAAGCACCAUCAGAUGUUGAACAAAUCACCAUGGUUUCGGCUUCUGUGCAAACGGAGACCCGAACAGAACCCUACGAUGAGCCAGAGCCUGCCGAGCCCCCCACAAAACCAACACAUAUGGAGGUUCCAAUGAUUGCAAUUCAUCCUCCUGUAUCUGAGCCUCCUUCUCCCCGAGGGAGUGUGGUUCUGCCGCCUCAAACCAAGAGUGUUUCAUGUCAGGCCAGCUUUGAACCAACCAGGGAAACCCGAACGACUGGUAUCCAGACUGAGCCCAUCCGUAUUGAUCAACGACCCGUUAAACUCCCAGCGAGCCUGCUACCGUCUGCCAUUCAGGAUCUUCCUCUUAGCACAGCUACACAAGAGCACCAUAUUCAGCCAUACCACGCCCCGCCUCCCAGGGCAGUCAAGUGCGAGAGAAAACAGCCACCUGUGGUUGAAAUACCAACCGAUACGACAGCACCAGAUAAACCUAAACAUAUUCAAGCUUAUCCAGGCAAUAACGACAACGGGCCGUUAUCAGGCGACUCGAAGCCUAACCUAAGGCGGCCUUUGCGGUCAAGCAGUCUUUUUGCUGGUUUCGAACAGACCAGCGACGAUGAGUCGCCCGAGGCCGCUAGAGAUGUGUUCACCGAUGAUGAACUGCUUAAUCGACCAUUCGCAUCAUACAAGGUGCGGAAGGGAAAGCUUGUUUCUGCCCACGAGCGCCGCCGCAGUUUGGAGGAUGCCAUGCUGCCGGAUCUUACUGAGGAUCUCGACUCCGAGUCCCACUUUGAGGGAGGAGCCGAAAAUCUAUUUCCCAGCCCGCCAGGGUCCUCUUGGUCACGUUCUGGAGCUCUAGGCCUCCGGCAGCAAGAUAUGCGUAAAGCGGCAAUGAUCUCCAGCGGAGCAGCGACGCAUCAGAGGAUACGGAUGCGCAGCCCAAGCGAACCGAGCAUCGACAGUGGUAGUGGCAGCAAUUCUUCGAGCGUCGCACCUCCAUUCCCAGUUCCUAUCCGACUCAGUUCCAGGAAGUUUCCACAAACCGGAAGCGACGGGUGGCAGAGCCCGACGUCGUCGCGCAAUUUCACCGACCGCCCAAAGCCAGGCAUUGUUCGUCGUCCCACCCUACGGCGUGUCCGCUCAGCGGCGACAAUGUCUCAGUCAGACCAAACAGACCGGCCAACCACCCGAUCGUCCCCCGCCAUGUCAAUUUCUUCGUAUGCGGCGGAUAGUCCUCAGCACCCUCCCCUACCAUUCGACGAUAUUACGAUGCCACAGCAUCAACAAAGCUCUCACGGGCGACAGGUUCGUCGACCAAGUGCAUCACAGCAUCGUGCACAUGAGCGGCAAGAGUCAACAUCAACGUCGGUUCAGCCAACCAGUGUGGUAGAUGCCAUCGCACAAACCAUGGUGGGAGAAUGGAUGUGGAAGUACAUCCGCCGAAGAAGAUCGUUUGGUGGAGACAGGGACAACUGGGAAGGCCGUAAUGCCGAAGAGGUAUCUGCCAGCAUCACCAAUAGCGGAGUGAGGCAUAAGCGAUGGGUUUGGGUGGCGCCGUACGAACGAGCCAUCAUGUGGAGCAGCAAGCAACCGACCACUGGGCCUGCGCUACUUGGCAAGAGUGGUAGGAAAUUGGUUAUUCAAUCCGUUCUCGAUGUUAAAGACGACAACCCAUUACCCAAGGGGUUCAGCGGGCCGGCACAGUUUAAUCGCUCCAUCCUGAUCCUAACCCCUCAACGAGCACUGAAGUUCACAGCCACCAGCAUCGAACGUCACUACGUUUGGCUGACAGCUUUAUCGUUCCUGAGCCACUCGGCAAUGGGCGUUCAAGACCUCGCCGCACUACCACCAGCACCUCAGGAAGAGUACCCCAACCCAACACCUACAGCAGCUCUCCGCCGUAACCCAAUUCGCGACUCCAUUCGAAUUGCCAAGGGUCGCCCGCGACCCUUCCCCAAGGGCAAGAAACCGUCUUUUACCAAUAACCACCCAGAGCCUGUACCCGAGCUUCCCGACAAUCUUGAUGUUGGAGUGCGGGCCUCCGAAGAUGCAGCUGAUCCGCCGACGGUGCCGCGGUUCUCAAACCAUUCGCGCAAACGCAGCAACACGGCGCCGAGGGUGCCGAUCCCGAAUAUCCGCAGUUUUUCUAGCCAGAAUACGAUGCCAUCAAUGCGAAGCUCUCCUGAUGCGACGGGGCCGCCGUCUUCAAACUCAUAUGGACUGAACAGCGUGCGGAGCAGCUUUAGCCAUCGCACUUCGGAGACGAGUAGUGUCCGGACGGGAAACUUCUUCGACGCGAUCGGCACGGUACGCAUGGAGGCUUUUAUCGACCAGACGGAGUCGAACCGCUACCGGCCUGGGCCCGCGCGGCGCGAUACGCGCAAAGCCUCAACUCCUUGGAGUAUGAGCCAGGGAAUGGGAUACCCGGAAUUGGACUCUCCUGAGUAUCGCCAUGAUGAUCCAUUCCGAGGAUUCUAG